AGGAGAGUAUUAGAGGCAAGGAAGUGGAGGAAGGGUGAAAGAGGAGGAUGGGUGUAUGGGGAGAAAGAAGAGACAAUGAAUAUAAACAGGAAGGGUGAGGAGUGAGUGAAGAAUUAGAGGAAGAGAGGAAGUAGUGGGGAAUAAUUCUCUUUUCCUGUGAUCUACUCCUUUUUGUCCUUCCCCAUCCAUCAUCCCCUUCCCACUUCUAGUCCCUUCAUUCAUAUCCUUUCCCCAUGUAGCUACUCCUCUUUCCUCUUUCUGCUUCUACAUUCUUGAAAUUUAUUAGGUAUUUUUUUUCUUUUUUUCAACUAAUAUAUUUCCCUCUUCCUUCUCUCCUCUCUGAAGCUUAGUGUUGCAGAUACGACGCACUCUGUAUUACCAUGAUGUGUGUAAAAAUUAUCCGUAUCCGCAACUGCAACCACGGAUAUGGAGGUAAAAGAAAUCCACAACCGCAUUCGCAUCAACAAAUAUUGAAAUUCUGACAUCCCAAAUUUUGUCUGCAACUGCAUUUUUAUGAGGAAUGCAUACUCUGCGCCGCCUCCGCAUCUAAAAUUCUAAAACUUACCAUCCGACACACACGCACACACACACACACACACACACACACUGAUAUAGUAUUUAAUUAUCUACUCCUAUGUAUCUGCAGCCUGGCUCUCUCCUGGAGUGUUCCUUAACGAGAUGACCGUGGCGGGAGGGCGUCCACACCUCCCUAUCCAAAUUUCCCCUUCUUACGUGUUCAAGCGCUAUGGCCUCUAUUAACUCUUUUCUUAUACGCGUGCUCCUUUAUCCUGUUCUUGAUUUUCCAAGUAAAUUUGCCCUCCUGUUCGCACCUUCAACUUCUCCCACUGUACUCUUCUUUAUAAGCUCUUUGCUCUUUAUUUCAGUUAUGACCAUACCAUUUUAUUGUGUUCCUUUUCAUCCAUUCCAUCACUCUACAGGCUACAACGCUUGCACAGACGUUCAUACAUCUCACGCAAACUUCUGUUGUUCUCAUCCUCCCAUCUUGUCACUCCACACCCCCCUCUCAGAUAAUUAGUUUCCUAAGCACACCCCUCAUUGUUGCGCUGUAUUGCACAUCCAGAUCUCUGAUCUAUGCGUCACUGAUGGGUAGGAGAAUAUAAUUCCUUAAACCUCUCUUAACAUCCAUUUCUCCCUUUCGUGACUUGUAAGUGACUCUAUGAUACCUUUACUUUUCACAACCCUCUCUCUAUUUCCCCAUUCAUCUCACCAUGUUUUUCUAACACUUUUCCAGGAUAUUUAAACUCGCUCACCUCCCUCUUCACUCUCCGCUAGUAGAACAGUGUCACCUGCACAACAGGCAUGCUACUACGGACCAUAGCACUCCAUUCAGUGUCAGCUUUCCAUCAUUAUUUCCUACUUAAGCUUUCGUCUCCCUCAUACUGCCACAUAGAAAAAAAAAGAUAUGUUAAACAAUCAUGGAGACAUCACAUAUCCCUGUCUCAUCCUUGUUCCUGUAACGGAACUCCUCUUAGUUUUCCCUCCAUCCUCACACACACUCAAUUGUAUCCCUUUGAAAACCCUUAAUUCCUCCUAACAGCUGUCCUCCUACACCAUAAAUUUUACGAACCUCCCAAAGGGCUUCCCUAUAUGCUGUCUAUGAAAGCUGCUUACUUCUUUACAUCCUUUCUCUAUUAUAAUUUUAAUCGCAUAAAUCUGAGCCACACAACUUUUCCUUUUCCUGAAUCUUCACUGUUCCUCACUGACCUUCACCAAAGAGAUUUUCAUCAGUCUCUCAGUCUCCCACAGACUUUUCCUGGCAUAUUAAACAAGCUUAUCCCUCUAUAACUAUGACACUCAUUCUUACAACCUUUAUAUAGGAUGCAAAAACUGACUUCCUCCACUCAUUUGGUACCUAUUGCCUUCAUGUCACUUCGUCUUAUAUUCCAAGCAUCCAAUCUACUACCACUUCACCUCCGCACUUCAACAUUUCUGCAAUUAGAUAUUCCUUACAUGCCUGCAGCUUUGCCUCUUUAACUUAGCCACCGUUUUCUUUACCUCCUCCCUACCAGUUCUCUGUAUAAACAUUCUCUCUCCUCCUGCUUCUAUAUUCAUUACUAUUACUUCUCCCAUCAUUUAUUAAAAGUCAGAAUAACUUCCCACACUAUCCACCGCUUCCUUGCUACCUACAAGAACCUCAUCAUCUCUCUUCCUUCUCAUAUUCUCACAUUUUUCUGCUCUUAUUUCUCUCUUAACUUUCAAAAAGCUUCUUAUUCUCACUAAACUUUUCAUUCAGCUUCCUAACCAAACUCAUCAUCUACUCUCAUUUUACCUUAUAUAACCAGUUCCUUCAUUUCCUACUCCAAGACAUGGUAUUAUUCUGCUCUGCUCUUCUCAUACUGAUUUGAUCUGCCACAUUUCUUUGCAUUAUUUUCUCAUACGCUCUACCUUUCUCUUUUUUUUACUUUUUUCUGUCUCAGCUGUCGACCAUGCACUUUCCUUACUUCUAUCCGCAAGCCUUCUGUGCUCUACCACUUCUGCUUCUACUGGAGAGAGAGAGAGAGAGAGAGAGAGAGAGAGAGAGAGAGAGAGAGAGAGAGAGAGAGAGAGAGAGAGAGAGAGAGAGAGAGAGAGAGAGAGAGAUCGUUUGUUUGUAUUGAUACUUACAUGCUCACUUAUCUUCUAUAAUCCGAAUGCCUUGCUAUAAUAUACUCUAAAUUAGUACUCUUCAACCAUUUUUUAAGCUCAUGCGUCUUUCCGGGAGCGGCUAGGACGAUUAAUGAAAAAUGUAAGCAAGUCUUCCCUGGACUGGCAUGCGGCGGUGAUGAAAGAUGGCAACGAUGUGAUGUAUCAAGUUACUGUGCGACUCUAUCCCAGCAAACGUCCACCGAAAAAGAUCUUAAAGGGGGAUGUUUACAACCGUGUCUUUGAUUCCUGCCAACGGAGAAUCUUGGAAUCUCACAUCAAACAUGGCUCAUUUGAAAUUCAUUCUUUUGCUAGAAAAUUUGAUAUCACACUCCACUGGGCGGUUCAGAAGUACGUGUGCGGAUUGAAAGGCUAUAAAGAACUUUCUAAAAAUGUGAAGAGUCUUGUUGACAAAAGAAACCAAUUAGCUCAUUCUCCAGGUGGUUAUUUACCAAUUUGUGGCGACCUGAAUGAAAAGCUGGACGAUCUGUUGGACUUGUUCUUAGCUAUCCUGGAAAAUGUUGAAGAUUGCACAGGGUGUUCACUUGAUAAACAAAAGCGUAAGAUUACAAGCAGGAUCGAGAGCAAAAUGAUCAUUGAUGAAGAUAAUGAUGACGAUGAAGAUUAUGAUGAUGAUGAUGAAUAUUAUGAAGAUGAAGAUGAUGAACAUGAUGAAGAUUAUGAUGAUGAUUAUGAUGAUGAAGAAGAUUAUGAUGAUGAAGAAGAUUAUGAAGAUGAUGAAGACUGUAAUGAUGAAGAAGAUUAUGAAGAUGAUGAAGAUUAUGAUAAAGAAGAUUAUGAUGAUGAAGAUAAUGAUGAUGACGAUGAAGAUGAUAAUGAUGAAGAUUAUGAUGGUGAAGAAGAUUAUGAUGAUGAUGAAGAAUAUGAUGAUGAUGAUGAUGAUGAUGAUGAUGAUGACGAUGAUGAUGAUGAUGAUGAUGAUGAUGAAAAUUAUGAUGAUGAAGGUUAUGACAAUGAAGGAAGUUGUGAAGAUGAGUAUGAUUCUGCUGCUGCUGAUGAUGAUGAUGAUAAUGAAUAUGAUGAUGAUGAGGUGGAGGGAGAAGAAGAGGAGGAGGAGGAGGAGGUGGAGGAAGAGGAGGAGGAGGUGGAGGAAGAAGAGGAAGAGGAGGAGGAGGAGGAAAUUUAUGAAAGUGAAGAAUAUGAUUAUUAUGAUAAUGAUAGUGAUAAUUUUGACGAAUGAAGAUUAUUAAUGUAAUGAUUACUAUUAUCAUCAUAAUUAAGAUGAAAACGAAGAAUGGUAAUGAAAACAAUUUUUAUAUGACCAAUGAAGGUGAAGAGAAUUCAAAUUUUUAUCAUUACAGUUUAAACGGAAAUCAUGUGGAAGGCAAUGAAGAAAAUGAAGAUUACAAUGGUAAAGAGAAUAAUUAGUUGAUGACAAUGAUGACAGUGAUGAUGAUGACGAUGAUGAUGAUGAUUACGUUGAUAAGAUGGAAGACGUAGUGUAGUACAGUCAAAUGAGUCUUGCGAAGCACGUGACAAGCACGGAGAUAGUGAAGCAUCUCAGCUUGCUUCUAGGGACGAUUUAGGGAGAUUAUUAUUAUUAUUAUUAUUAUUAUUAUUAUUAUUAUUAUUAUUAUUAUUAUUAUUAUUAUUAUUUUGUACUGCCUUUAUCUUGGCACAUCUUGACUUGCUACCAGUGCCACCUGCAAACACGUGCUGUUGUGCAUGUUCAGCCAGAAAAGAAAUUAGGACGCAUUGCAUUCACUCCAUGCUAAUUGUUUAUUUUAAUGAUACUGAAUAUUUCUUCGAAGAUCACCUUCCUAUCACUCAGAUUAGGGCUUUGAAAGAAGGCCUCCACCUCUCAGACGAAACUUAUGAAGGUUUACGUCAUAUGACCGUUUGUUGUCAAAGAGAACUUACGAUCUCUUAAAAUCGAACUUUAAUCAAGGUUAGAACUAUUAUUAUUAUUAUUAUUAUUAUUAUUAUUAUUAUUAUUAUUAUUAUUAUUAUUAUUAUUAUCAUUAUUGUUAUUAUCAUUAUUAUUAUUACUACUACUACUACUACUACUUCUGCUACUACUACUACUACUACUACUACUACUACUACUACCAUCAUUAUCAUUAUUGUUGUUGUUGUUGUUGUUGUUGUUGUUGUUGUUGUUGUUGAUGAUGAUGUUGUUGUUAUUGUCUUUAUUAUAAUUUUAUCAUUAUUAUCAUUGUUUAUACUACCACCGGUAGACAUUUUUUUCUACGACCCUUCUGUGAGGCUCACGUGAUCGGCCUCUUACAUUUUGUGGAGGCUUAGUCGGUCGGAACCAGCCCAGGGAGACUUCCUAGACUUAGUAACCCUUUGCGAGUCUCAUUCCCCUCCGUAGAGUUUCCCGACGUAGUCACCGUCGAAGAUGGAGUUGAUGGGAAGGAUGCUGACAUACUUCGGUCACUCGCCGAUUACUUGAAAAAUGGCCGUGCCAGCUUCCACCAGGACUAGAAAUUGUGUGAGCGCUGGCCACUAGACCACCGCCUUCUCAUUUAACCUAAAAUAUAAGUUAUGGAAUGUUAGAGAUAAUGUACAAGACCUGCAGAAUACACGCGUAUUUCAAGAGCUUUAAUAUUUAGGCAGCUGGAUGCCUUCAUCAGAUUUUAGGCAAUACCUCAUUGAAUUCCAUUCUCAAACAUUUCAUACUGCAAACAAAACAAAAAAUGUACAAAUUUUACCCGUGUUAGCUGUAAGCCGUAUGUGCCUCUUUUAUGGUUUACUUUUUUUUUUUCUAAUACUAUAAAUCGCAUGUGUUUUCCAAACCUUAUAGAAGCAGUGUAAGGAUGGUAGAGUAAAAAUAUACUAUGAAUUUCU